CGAACAGCUGUUCUACCAAGUCAUUAAGUUAUGCCCAUAUAUGGUAAUAUAGAAAAUCUGUUCAUAACAAUACGGCACCUGUGAAUUGUAAAUACCAUCGUCAAAGCAAGUGUAUACAAGAUACUUAUGCAAAUAUGAUACGAUCUCGUCUGUGAUUGGCUGUUGGCAGGUUUGAUUGACGUAGUAAUUAGUUCAGUUACCGGUCGAUCAAGUUGUGGUUAAUUUUGUUUUCAAGCGACCGUACGUGAUCUUUCAUAGUUUUUUGAAUUAGAAAGAGCGCUUGCACUAAAAUUACAUGAAAAGGAAAAGAUGAAAUGGAAGAAAUCGAAAGGCCAGAGAAAAGAAGAAAACUAGAUUGUGAAAAAGACGAUGGAAAUCAGGCUUCUCGAUCUCCCCGCGUUGUGCUGAAUAAGAUCAAUGUAGACAAUGCUCUUUUGGAACGGUUUAGGAAAAUAAAAAGACUUGCACGACAAAAACUUGGCGCGAAAUUGGAAAAAAAGGGAAACGCAAAUGAAAGAAUCGACGCAGGGGAAAAACAGAAAACCUCUCUCGAACUUCUUAAAGCARCCGACRGUUCCACGAACUCAAACAAUGAGAUAAAUCUCUUAGAGGAUAAUGAAAGCACAGGGUGCCUWGAAAAACGAGAAGGAAUAAGCMUYUUUCUGGCUGAUAAGCUAAACGCAGAUGAAACUGUGGAAGUUAUAGACAGUAGCGAGACAUGGAUUUGCAAAAAUAAUUUAAGUCAAAAAAGCGCUAAGAGAAAACGUGAUGAGAAUUGCAAUGAAAGCACAUCGKUUGGCAAGGUAACAAAAUUCUUGGAAAGUACGUCUGUCUCCAUAGAUGAAGGCAAACAACUUGGACCGUUGUCAGGUACAAACGAGACGGCAUUUUCACUUUCGAAAAGCGAUGAAGGUAGUGAGAAAGGAUCAUCGUCCGAUCAAUUUGAUAAAGAUUUCGAAGUUGGUGGUACCAGUGAAAACCACCAGAAUAAUGUUGUCAAGGUUACUAAAGUGGCUCAAGAUUAUGCAAAGAGUGGCGCUCAGACUGAGAAGGUCAACAGCGAUGAUAUGGAAACAGCAGAAAGUGGAAAUUUAAGUGGUGAAAAUACAGAUAAUAAAAACAUCUUUGAAGGAGAAGAACACGCUGAGGAGUCACUUGUCUAUCAGCUUUUGAAAGAUGUUAUCGAAAAACAAACAAGUGUGUUUGCAAAUGACUUAGUGCUAGAAAAUGCAAAACUUGAGAAAAGAGUCGACCAUCUCGAAARAGAGAACGCACUGCUUCAAAGAACGAGCAAACGUUUGCAUCUUGCACUYAAAGCUGUUUUCAAGAAUCGUGAAAAGGCCAAAGUGCCACGAAGCUCGUGUGGCGUACAGGUUAACAURGAUUUGAACCAGCCAUCUUUUAGCCUUACACCUGUCGUCAACAUUGAUAUUCCAGACGAAAGAAACUCCAAAGAAAAACCAUUCGAAAAAAUGGAAAAUAGUUCGAGCUUUUCUGCAAUUAACGAAUCAUCUUUAACAAGUUCACAAAAAAAUAGAAUUCCAACUGGUGAAGACUCCGCGCAAUCACCUUCAGAACAAGAAAAAUCUGGUGGAGAACCCAAAAUGGUCGAGGUUACGAUGACAACAAUUGGCACUCAAACACAGGAACAUACAACUCCAAAAUAUUUCACAGAGGGUAUGGGACAUUUUAAGUUGCAAUGUCUUAGACAUCGUGGAAAACCUUCCAUUGUAGAUUCCGGUGAGAAAAGUCACUAUAAGAUGACGCCACAUGGUCUUCAACUGAAGACAAAAUGGUCUGCUAGUAGUAAAAAUCACGAGGAAGAAUCUCGAACAGAAGUUAUAGACACUAGCUGCACAMAGACAAAGGAUUUGUCGAAAUCUCCUAUAAGAGGCACUUUCUCUCUCAGAAAAAACAUAUCGACUGAUCAAAAUUGUACAAUGUCUGAUAAAGAAAAAAGGACUAGUCCAUUUUCGGAAAAUCUCAGGAGAAAUGAAGAACACGCUGCAAAUACAGACGUUGCUGAUCAUCCGAGGGCUAAGCAUAUGUCUACAUCGACAGCUAGAUCKAAUGAAAGUUUAAGGACUCACUUAAAAACAUCGCAAAAAUCUCAGAACGAGUCUUUGGUUGCAAGAGAACAUGAGCAGGAAGCCAGCUAUCGUGACCCACAGAGUCCUGUCAUUCCUAAGCACUCCAUCAGUACCGCCAUCAAAACUGUAAACUUGCCAAGAGAUCAGUCUUCAAAAGGGAAGGAAGAACCAGAUCUAAUUAUUGUCUCAUCAAACGAACCAUCYCCGCCUAGAAUGGCAAUGCCAAGCCUACGUUCAAACAAUGAAUCAUCUUUCAGAGCUGUCCAAAAUGAAGUGAAAUCUAAAACAAAAGAGAGAGAAAUGAUAGAAMGAAGGGAAAGGGAAAUGUUGGAGCAGAAGAAAAGAGAAAUUAUGGAGCGAAAGGAAAGAGAAAUGCUAGAGCGAAAGGAAAGAGAGGUUCUGGCGCGACAGGAAAAGGAAAUGCUAGAGCGACAAAGACCAGUUUAUUAUAGCCAAUCAAUCAGACAACAGAAGCGGAAUGAGAUGCUGGUAGAAAGAAUUAUGUCUGAAAAUACGAUCCCAAAGUCGACGCCAGUUACUCUUGAUAACCUCAAUCCAAAUUCUCAAGAGAUGCGUAAGUCUAAUGCUGUUCACAUGAGUCAAAUCCAGUCGCAACAAACCCUCCAGUAUACCAAUGCGGUAAUGCGCGCCCGUGAGCAAAGUGCUCAGCCAAUUACAGCGCAGGGAGCACCCCGACCACAGAGAUAUGGUGCUCCAGAAAUGAUGGUUGUUAGUCAAACAGAAGGCCGUGAAAAUGGUUCGGCCCCUAGAGGUUCUAGUUUACCCCCACAAUUGAUACCUUCUCAGCCUCAAAGAGUCCAAGAACAGUUACGUCCACCUCGAAGCAUUUCCUUUGAAACUGCUGAAACCCAAAGGAAUCAAGGUCAGACCAUAAGCGGAAUUGCGCAGGUUAAUAAUGCGAUUCACUUGCAAAGAGCUCAGGUUGCAGCACAAAGUAAUAGAUCACAGCAACCGCUGCAACAAACACAUUUGUCACAACAGCAACAACAGCAGCAGCAGCAGCAGCAGCAUCUAAUUGCUAGGCAGCAACAUCUCCAACAAAUCGCCACUCCAGGUUAUCAACAACCUAGAGCUGGGAAUCUCCAAGGACUUACACAACAGCAUCCUCGAGCUUCUCAGCCAAAUAUAUCCAGACAACAGGCACCACCGCCCUACCAAUCUCCGCACCGGUUGCAGCAGAUACCGAGGCCAAUGGUCGAUCCUGGACGAUCACAUGCAAACAUGCCUUUAUCUCCCGAAUUUGGCAGAACAUUUAUUCAAAGAGCGCCGUACAAAGAUGCACCACCUCAUCUCAUUCCUGGAAAUGUCCAGCAAACACGACAGGGUCCAGUUGUAGUUUAUCAGCCAGGUGCACUUGAAGGAGGUGUUCGUCCAGCUGCACCAACUUCUCAAGCGCAAUUUGAAAGGCUCCAAGAUCAAAUGAGACAAGCACAAAAUCCUCCACAAGGUCAAAUAAGCCAGCCACCACAAAGGGUAACCAAUGCAGUUGYACAAUUGCCCCCAAGCAUCCAAAGCCAGCGUACCACUUCAUGUGAAAUGCAGCAAGUUAAUGAUAGGCGGGCAAGAGUUGUUCCCGAAAGACCUCAGCAAACUCAUGUAAAUACAUCUUCAUCGCAAAGAUCACCACCGAAGCCUAGUGCGUCAAUAGCCAUAGUUGAAAAUGGCAUUGUUUUAUCGUGGAAUGUCUCUCCUGAACAAGAUACUUCAGAUAUUGAUAGCUWUGAAUUAUUUGCUUGUCAAGAUGACAGCAAUUCGAGUUGUCCUCCAGUGUUAUGGAAAAAGAUUGGAGUUGUUAARGCUCUACCUUUACCUAUGGCAUGUACAUUAACACAGUUCUCUAAUGGYAGUCGUUACCAAUUUGCUGUUAGAGCUGUGGAUUCUUCUGAGAGAGCAGGKCCUUUCAGUGACCCAUGUGUAAUCCUUUUGAAGAAGUCCUGAUGACUAUUAGUUGCCUUCAAUUUUAGUCAUACGUAUGAUAUGGUUUAUAAAUAGCAUUUCAUCCAGUAGUUCCAGUACAUCAUAAUUGUAAAAUUAACAAUAGGCCUUUUGCAUGGAACGGUCACAUGGUACUAAAUCCGUCAUACUGGAUGGCAAAAUAUCCACUGCAAUGUUCAAAACAAAUAAAAGUCAAGCUUGACAGGUUGCGUUUCUUUUGUUUUUGAGGUUGUUCACUUUCUUUUGCCAUUCAGUAUGGCGUAUGUGACCGUUUCAUUCAAAAGGCCUAUAACGUUUCAGUUUUAACCUAGAUGUUGUGUUAAAAUUGAAAAAUUKAAUGUACUACAGAUCAUUCUGGGAUAGGAGUCAAAGUUAGAACAGUCCAUUUUUUCAAGAUAAAGUCUCCGUCGUAUUUAUUGUUAUUUAGAUGUGCAUGAAUACCAAUGCAGCUAUACUUAAUUACAGAUUUGCGUGUGAUAAUAUGGAAUAAAUCUGUGUKAUAAUGCAUUGAUAUGUACAAUCGAACUGGGCAAUCAAACGUUCUUUAAAACCGUUUACCCGGAAUUUUGUUGAWAAUAACCCAAAAGUGUUGAUUGGAUACGUAAUGGCUGAUUUAAUUAUUGYUUGCCCAGGAUUUACCAAAUYCAUGGAGUUGUUGAAACUGAUUUUUUGAAUCAAWUAUURAUGUUUUCAUACUCGUUAUAAAAGUAUUUAUUGUGAAUGUUACUGUUUUUAUUUUCCAUGUGGUAUACAUCAGGCACUUUAAACCAGAUCUCUAACCCUUAUCGAAAACAUGGGUCUAUCUUUUUUUAAUCCUUAAGAUUAAAAUCGUGAAGGUCUUUAAAACUAUCUAUAGCCGUUCUCUAACAUUCGUUGGACCAUUUGACCCUUGAGAAUAUUACCUUGUCUAGUAAGUCAGACGGGUUUAAAAUGUCUGACGUAUGUGGUCAUGUUCGCGUCUAUGCACAUAGGAUGAAAAGUAAAGAUGUUUUUUCAUUACUUCUUAGUCAAAUUAAUGAAAUCUCUUAACCAUGCAUGUCCUGAUUGAGAUAUGUUACCAAAACCAUAUAAGGGUGUUAUGAUAGAAGAUCGGUCAAAUCGGUUUCAUCUGAAGAACAAAGCAAACGACCCUUUUGCUCUCUUUGUUUACCCAAAAGUAAUUAAUUGUCAUGAUUUGUAGACAAUCUGUACAAACAUUAAUAURCUGUAGACGUCUAGAUAAAUGUAUAUGUAAAUAGCGUAUUUUAUAGAGGUCUAUUUAUAACAUUUGUAACGAUACCAUUUAUAGAAACCUACUUACUUUGUGUACAUUUUGUUUAUUAAAAGAGAGAACAAGA